GAUUUGUAAAAUGAGAAGUAAUUUAUUUAAUAAAUAAGAAUUUAAAGAGGAUGGUUCAAUUAUUUACAUUUAAAGAACAGUUCUUUUAUAAUAUUUUGCUACUUUUUCAAUUAAUGGAGUGGAACGAAUCGUGCAAAAAGAACAUCAGUAUUGGAUUCUUAGCAUCUUUUAGAUUUCAUGAUAGCAUGGGUAAACUUAUAGCUGGAACCAUUCCUUUAGCAAUCGAUGAUAUCAAUAGCAGGGAUGACAUUUUACCAAACCAUACUUUAAGUUACAUACCGGGAGACACUGGAGAACCCAACACUCCAAUGGCUAUCAGGAAGAUGACACAGAUGAAGGACGAAGGGGUUGUGGCCUUUAUUGGUUUCGAGUUCAAUUGUGCAUCCGAAGCACUGGUUGCUGCAGCUUGGAAUCUCCCAAUUAUCACUUACAAAUGUUCGGAUAAGAAAGUAUCGAACAAAACUUUAUACAAAACGUUUGCUAGAACUUUGCCUCCAAGCUCCAAGAUCUCGAAAGCAGUCAUUUCGUUACUGAAAAAAUUUAAUUGGUAUAACGUCAUACUGCUAGUUGCAGAGGACACUUCCGACAAACAGAUAGAAGAGGCUUUGGUUCCUCUUGCUAAAGAACACAAAAUUGAUAUUAUACAAACUUAUUACAUUCCUGGUUAUUAUUUAUCCAGCAAGAACGAGAUCCUUAGUGAUAUUAUCGACAAGAGUUACGAAAGGACCAGAGUUUACGUGAUGAUAUCGGAAAUUCACGCCGUGAUAGAUUUUUCUACAGUAAUGUAUCAAAAAGGUCUCUUAUCCAAUGGAGAAUACAUAAUUAUCUACGUGGAGGAGGAAGAAAUAUAUAAUCCAAACAUUCAACAGAUGUAUAUUAAAAAGUGUAUUCUUGGUUUUAGUGUGAUGAUGGACGAAAAUGGAGAUACGGAAGGCAAUUACACAGUUUUGGCCGUUUUUAACAAGACCAAAUUGAAAUUGCCUCACGAUGCCAUUCAUUUAUUUAAAAGCAUGCAACCAGUUGCUCAUUUCACCAAUGACGAUCAACAAAAUUUGCCCACUAUUCAUCUGAGAAGAAAUAUUAAUUGGUUUGGUAAAGGACCCCCUAAAGGCGAACCUCUUUGUGGAUUUAAAGACGAAAAAUGUUCAUCUUCUCCCAGGUUAAAAGUUAUAAUUAUGUGUUCGAUAUGCAUUUCCAUCAUAGUCAUUGCCGGAACGUUCGCAUUUCGACAUUAUCGAUACGAAUUAAAAUUAGCUUGUUUACUAUGGAAAGUCGAUGUUAAAGAUGUUGUUUUAUUAAAAACUAAUUCGGACGAUGCUUUACAGAAUUUUAAACAGAAUAUCAACGUACAAGGAUUGAACGAGAAUAAAUGUAGCGCCCUUUCAGAUCCCACAAAUCAGGAUCCCAUUACAGGACGUACUUUAGCAAAAAUUGGAUUUUAUAAAGGAAAUGUCGUAUAUUUGCGCCAUGUUUAUAAAAAAAGUGUCGAUCUUACUAGAUGUAUUCGAAAAGAAUUAAUAAGAGAAGUAUUGAGAAACGAAGACUUGGAUUUAGAUAAUGUAUUUGUAGCAUCACUCGUAUCAGAUUUAAUAAAGGGAAUGAUUUACAUUCACGAUAGUGAAAUUAUAUCGCACGGGAAUCUUAAAUCAUCGAAUUGUCUAGUAGACAGCAGAUGGGUCCUUCAGAUUACAGAUUUUGGAUUACACGAGUUUCAAUCGGGUCAAGAAUUACCACCUCUAUUGGAUCAGAGACGUCAAAAAGGUCUCAUCUGGCAAGCACCCGAAUUGUUAAGAAUGAUGAAUCCACCAGCCAGGGGUACACAAAAGGGUGACGUGUACUCAUUUGCUAUAAUAUUAUACGAAAUUAUUGGAAGAUCUGGACCGUGGGGACCAGAUUCUCCCCCCGUAAAAUGUAUAGUAGAAAGAGUAAUGAAUCCGAGCCAGUACGAUAAUAAAGUGUACAGACCUCCUAUAGAGGUUCUAAACUGUGCUGAUUAUAUUAAACGAUGUAUGGAAGAAUGUUGGUUGGAGGAACCCGAAUACAGACCCGAUUUUAGACUCGUAAAUAUUAAAUUAAGAGAAAUGCAAUCGGGAUUAAAGCCAAAUAUAUUCGAUAAUAUGAUGGUAAUCAUGGAGAAGUACGCUUAUAACUUGGAAAGUUUAGUUCAAGAAAGAACGAAUCAAUUAGUAGAAGAAAAGAAGAAAACAGAAAAUUUACUACUUAGAAUGCUUCCAAAGAAUAAAUUUCGCUCCACCGAUACAAAUACAACCGAUACAACUGAACAAAUGGGAAAAAUUAAAUGUAUACGAAAUCGUGGACACAAAAAUUCGUAUAAUUUGUAUAUAAGAUGGGUGGUCGAUUUGUUGAACGAUCUGUACACGUGUUUCGAUUCGAUCAUCGAACAUUACGAUGUUUAUAAAGUAGAAACCAUUGGUGAUGCUUAUAUGGUAGUCAGCGGCCUACCCAUAAAGAAUGGUAACAAACAUGCUGGACAAAUAGCAUCUAUGGCAAUUCACUUGCUGUCUGCCAUUAAAAAUUUCGAAAUUCGCCAUCGUCCCGGAGAACGGCUCAAGCUCAGAAUCGGAAUUCAUUCAGGUCCAUGCGUGGCCGGAGUCGUGGGACUAAAAAUGCCACGUUACUGUUUGUUUGGUGAUACUGUUAACACUGCCUCUCGCAUGGAAUCUACAGGAGAAGCCUUGAAGAUUCACGUUAGCGAAGAUUGCAAGAACAUUCUAAUCAAACUGGGAGGAUACAUUUUACAAGAAAGGGGAUUAACACCCAUUAAGGGAAAGGGUGAAAUGAGAACUUACUGGUUGUUACGUCAAAGUAAUCUCACGUUGCCUUUAAAUAAAUUUGAUAAAGAAAACGAAAGUGUGACUCUUCCGUCGACCAUUCCUAUACCUUACUACAACGAGCCCGAAAAAUACAGUAAUUUUUUGAGUUAUUUAAACGAACAACCGGUAAAUAAUACUUUAAAUUACAGUUGCUUGAAUUUGUUAGAAGAAUUAAAAAAGAAUUUGAAGAAAGAAUCUAAAAGAAGCUCAAACAGUUAUCGUUCUGCUCCCGUCAUUACUUUCAAAGAAUAUCCAUCUCAGGAUUACAUCGUGUGAUAACAAAUUCUAUAAGAAAAAAA